UCAAGACCUUCACAAGACAGACAGAUCUCUACCAUGGAUAUGCAGCAGGAACAGAUGGCCAUCGAUGGCCAGGAUGCACAGAAGCACAUGGGCCAGCCCAUGGACGUCGAGGACAGCAUGAACACCACCAUCACCGCCUCGACCAUAGGGCCGCUGCCCGACUUCCAGACCAGCAAUGGCUACGCGAGCGAGCCCCAUCGGCCGCAGACAUCCUACUCCGACACCCCCUACCACCACUACGGCCACAAUGGCGGGUACGGCUCGCGCUUCAACACACCGUCGGACGCGGACACGCCGCCGCGGCACGCCUACUACAAUGGCGAGAAAGAGACACAGAUGGGGCAGUCAAACUCACGGCCGAGCUCAACAAUGGGGCACAGAUAUCCAAACUCGGAGGGCGGAAGGCCCCCGGCAUACCAGGAUCAGAAUCAGAGAAAUUCGCAGCAGGAGCCGGCGACCAAGAAUACCAGUGUCGUGAUCAAGGUCGGCAUGGUUGGCGACGCGCAAAUCGGGAAGACUAGUCUGAUGGUCAAGUACGUCGAGGGCAGCUGGGAUGAGGAUUACAUUCAGACGCUAGGCGUCAACUUCAUGGAGAAGACUAUUUCCAUCCGCAACACAGAAAUCACCUUCUCCAUCUGGGAUCUGGGAGGCCAGCGCGAGUUCGUUAACAUGCUGCCGCUAGUCUGCAACGAUGCCGUCGCGAUACUAUUCAUGUUCGACUUGACCCGCAAGAGCACAUUGAACUCCAUCAAGGAGUGGUAUCGACAGGGGCGAGGUUUUAACAAGACCGCCAUUCCAUUCCUGGUCGGCACAAAGUAUGAUCACUUUGUCAACUUCCCGCGGGAGGAGCAGGAAGAGAUCUCCAAUCAGGCGAAGCGCUUCGCGAAAGCGAUGAAGGCCAGCCUUAUCUUCAGCAGUACCAGUCACAGCAUCAACGUGCAGAAGAUCUUCAAGAUUGUCCUAUCCAAGGCAUUCGAUCUGAAAUGCACCAUCCCCGAGAUAGAACACAUAGGAGAACCGCUUCUCCUCUACCAGUCCGUAUAG